UGUCACGUGUUCGGCGCGCCCUCUCCUGCGUCUCUGCCUGGGCAAAUCGUGUUAUCCUUAUUACAUGUAAACACAGAGCUGAGCACACAGACGCAGACAGACAGAAAGACAAUAAGCGAAACUUUACGAUAGAUAUAUAUAAAACAACACUUGAAAACAGUAAACUUAGCAAAAUUUCAAAACGGUGCCUUUGCAGCCAGCGAAGAAGAAAUGUUUUGUUUCCUGAAAUUAAUGUAAGCUAACAUGCUAACUCUGUAGAAUAUUUCUUAGCUGAACCUAUGUUGAGCCCUCUUCUCAGGUGUCUGAAAAGUCCAGUUUCAGUUGUAAAAUGUGCGGAAGAACAGCUUGUACUCUUGCUCCCGACGAGUUGAGCCGAGCCUGCUCUUACAGAAACCGAAAAGGGCAGCGGAAACAGCCCCGCUGGAGGGAUGGAGAUGUGGACAAAUACCGGCCCUCUUACAACAAGAACCCCCAGUCCAUGAGUCCCGUCCUCCUGUCCCGCAGGCAUUUCGAUAAGAAUGCUCCUGUGGACGAGUGUGUGUUGGCCUCGAUGCGUUGGGGCCUUGUGCCUGCAUGGUUCAAGGAGGAUGAUCCGAGCAAGAUGCACUACAGCACCAGCAACUGCCGCAGCGAGAAUAUAUUGGAGAAGAAAUCGUACAAGGAGCCCCUGAUAAAAGGACAGCGCUGCGUCAUCCUGGCUGAUGGUUUUUAUGAGUGGAAGAAGCAGGAGAAAAACAAGCAGCCUUUCUUCAUCUACUUCCCCCAGACUCAGGGAUCCAGUCAGGAGAAAAUGGAGGAUCAGGAUGACCCCAGAACCUCAGCUCGCAAAAAGGACAAUUUAAAGACAGAGUGCCCUGCAAAGAAGGCCUCCCUUGACUUGACAGAGGAAGGGGAAGCACGAGAUGAGUGGAGUGGAUGGAAGUUGCUGACUAUGGCUGGACUGUUUGACUGCUGGGCGCCUCCAGGUGGUGGAGAAACCCUUUACACUUACAGUAUAAUCACUGUAAGUGCCUCCUCAAACCUGCAAAACAUCCAUCAUAGGAUGCCGGCAAUUCUGGAUGGAGAGGAAGAAGUGAGAAGAUGGCUUGACUUUGGGGAAGUGAGGUCUCUAGAGGCCCUGAGACUGCUCCAGUCGAAAAACAUUUUGACUUUUCAUCCUGUCUCUUCACUAGUCAACAACACACGCAACAACUCUCCAGAAUGCCUUCAGCCAUUGGAUCUUGGCAGCAAAAAGGAGCCCAAGCCCACAGCCAGCAGUAAGAAGAUGAUGAGCUGGCUGACGAGCAGUUCCCCUUCAAAGAGGAAGGAGUUCAACACAAGUGAGCGUAAAGAAGAGCAAGAAAGCAAGGCAGUGGCUAAGCGCAAGUCUACAGGAGCACUUCAGCAGUGGCUUCAGGCAGCCAACAAGAAACCACGAACCAAGUGAAGAUGUGAACCGGGAACUUAAAACUGCAGUUUUGAAUACCGUUUAGGCCUUAUUCUACUUUACCAUUUUUACAGGUAUGAGAAAAAUAUUGUAUGUUCAGGUUUUUAAAUUGUAUUAGUAAAUGUCUUAAAUGUAAUAAAAAUAUGCUUCACA